CUCCACCCUCACCUGAUCCCCUCCCCCUUCCUCCCUCUCUUCCUCCUCCGAUUGGUUGGCUGCCAUUAAUCCCCUCCGUCCUUCCUCACUAGCCCGAGCUUCCAAGCCCAUUCCUGCUUUGCCUAGCUCGAGCGUCGAGCGUUCCUUCCUCCCGGAGCUUUGACCAGAUCGAAUUCCCGCCUCCUCGUCCUGUGAUUUGAUUUUCAGUCCCAGUAUUGUUGUUGUUGGUAGUAGAGUGGAGUAGAUCCGAGGGUCGGGAUCUUCGUCUUCUUGUUCGUGCAAUCUCUGGAUUUUGCUGCGCUGGAGGUUCAUGCUGGCCAUGGUUUGUCCAGGCAUGCGGAGGCGCAAUAUCUGAGCUUUAUGAAGAUCGCCACUCACCUGCGCCGGUCCUGCUUCCUCCAGUCCUUCUCCGUCGUCUUCCUCUACUACUUUUAUGUGAUCUCAUAAUUCGCCCUCUUCUCAAUCCGCCAUUUCUACUGCUUCUUCUUUCUUCUUCUUCUUCUUCUCGCUUUCUUUCUUCUUCUUGCUUCGACAAGUGCUAAAUAAGAACGGUAGCAGCAGCAUCAGCAGCAGCCAGGUGGAAGUAGAGGUAAAAAAAAAGGGCUUGGGAAAUGUCGUCGUCGUCUCUGUCGCCGGGAGGGAGGCUGUCGGGGUCGGACGGCGACUCCGGCGGCGCGCCCAUGGGCGGCGGCGGCGGGGACAAGCGCCGGGAGAAGCGGCGGCUGUCGAACCGGGAGUCGGCGCGGCGGUCGCGGCUGCGGAAGCAGCAGCACCUGGACGAGCUGGUCCAGGAGGUGGCGCGGCUCAAGGCCGAGAACGCGCGCGUGCUGGGCCGCGCCAACGACAUCGCCGGCCAGUACGUGCGCGUCGAGCAGGAGAACACCGUGCUCCGGGCGCGCGCCGCCGAGCUCGGCGACCGCCUGCGCUCCGUCAACCAGGUGCUCCGCGUCGUCGAGGACUUCAGCGGCGUCGCCAUGGACAUCCAGGAGGAGUGCCCGCCCGACGACCCGCUGCUCCGCCCCUGGCAGAUCCCCUACCCGGCCACCGCCAUGCCCAUCGCCGCCACCGCCACGCACAUGCUCCAGUACUGAUUGAUCCAUUUCCUGUCAUUGGUUGGAUCGAGGAAUUCAAGAUCUCCCCUAUAGGAGCUGCUGAGCCGUGGCCGUGGGUUGGCAUGAGGAGGAAGAACUCUACUUGGCUGCCUUGAUUAUUAUAAGGCUUAAUCAGUUUGCUGCUCUAUAUGGUUUGUUUAUGUUCCAAUAAGUGUCUGUUCACUGUUGUUGUUGUUGUCGUCGUCCUAGUCCAGGCCCUCUGUUAUACCAGUAGUACUAAGUUUUCAUCAUAUGUUUGGUUGUGGUUUAUGUAUAUUGUGAUGAACUAUGUCAUAUUACCAUGUUCGUCUCAGUGUUAAAUCUAAAUUUCGUGUCUUGUGUCCCAAAUUCAAA